UACCAUCAUUAUUACACUCAAUCUAAUCUCUCUCUCUUUUCUCUUUGGGUUUGAAAAUGGAGUCCACCAAAAUAUCAGCUCUGCUGCUAGUUUGCAUGCUUUUCGUUUCCUCGGUGACUCCAAUUCUUGGGUGCGGUUCAUGUGGGAAGGCUCCACCAAAGCAUCGAAAGCCCAAGGGAAAGUCCCCUACAGGUCCCAUCACUCUGCCUCCCCUUGUUAAACCUCCAAUCAAUUUGCCUCCGCUUGUCCCUAAACUCCCUCCGCUUGUCCCUGAACUUCCUCCGCUUGUCCCUAAACUCCCUCCGGUUACAGUUCCUCCUGUUAUCACUAAGCCACCAAGUGGAAAAGGGAAACCCUGCCCAUCACCACCGACCAAGGACACUUGCCCCAUCGACACGCUGAAACUCGGUGCAUGUGUGGAUCUCCUGGGAGGUUUGGUGCACAUUGGUCUUGGUGACCCGGUCGCGAACGAAUGCUGUCCGGUUCUUACAGGACUCGCUGAGCUCGAAGCUGCUGUCUGCUUGUGCACCACUCUCAAGCUCAAGGUUCUCAACCUUAACAUUUACGUGCCGCUGGCUCUUCAGCUCCUACUCACUUGUGGGAAAACACCCCUCCCGGUUACACCUGCUCUCUCUAGAACCAAGGUUGGUAGGUUGAUGGAAUCUAUGAUGAAAUCGACAUGAGAGGAUGUCGAGCUUUCUCUUUCUUCCUUUCUCAAUUGGACUGGAAAAUUAAUGCAGUUCUUAUUGUAACAUCAAUUUUUUUUUCCACUUCUGUUUUAAAAGAUUGUUGCAACUUGCAAGUGUGUUUCUGUAUCUUAGACAUCAAGAAUGGUAUUUGCCUUUGUUCAUGA